AUGACCGAUCAACAUAAUGAGAACGUGUCAAUGGACGACAUGUCGAUUGAAUUAAAUGACAAAACCUCGCCAGACUUUGUAACAAAAAGGCAACAAAAACAGGAAAGACAGUCAGAUAACAUAACUAUAACAGAUUUUAAUGAGUUUAAAGAGGAGAUGAGAAAUUUAAUUAGGUACUAUUCUGGCUGUCAGCAGAAAGAUAUCUCCGACUUGAAAGACACUGUCAAAGACAUAAGACAUUCAACCAACAAUAUAGAAGCUUCUUUGGAUGACUUACACCUGGAGAAUCAAGAGCUGAGAAAACAAAUUACUGAACUUGAAAACCACAUAAAGGAAGACAGGGAGCACAUAGCAUUCUUGGAAGAAAAAUUGGAUGAAAUGCAAUGUAUGAGCCGGAAAAGCAACUUUGAAAUUAAAAAUGUCCCCAGGAAGGAAAAUGAGAGCAAGCAGGACUUAGUUGAAAUGGUCACUACCUUGUCAGAAACCAUUGAUUGCAAGGUCACAAAAAGUGACAUAAAUGAUAUUUACAGGGUUCGUUAUAAAAACUCCGCUCAGAAAAACGCACCGAUUGUAGUUGAGACCAACUCCACCCUGUUGAAAAACGAUUUCCUUAAAAUGGCAAAGUCAUAUAAUGUAAGGAAUAAAUCCAAACUAUGUGCUAAGCAUUUAGGACUUAAAACUCAGGAAGACACACCUAUAUUCCUCUCUGAAAACCUUACCUCUAAGGCAGCGCGCCUGCAUUUCUUGGCUCGUGACUUGUCCAGGUCCAAGAACUAUAAAUAUUGCUGGACGUCGUACGGUAAAGUGUAUGUCCGGAAAAGCGAUCAAUCGCCAAUUAUCCUGAUAAAACAUGAGGAUCAAGUACAUCACUUACUACAAGGAGAUUGA